UCUAAUGGGGUUGAAACGGAGGUGGUGCGUGGUUGACAUGUCAGCACACAUGAAAGAAAGGGGAAGCAACAGCUCCUAUUGCGCCUCUCCGUCCUCUCUCUGUCUCCUCUCCUCUCUCGAUUCUCUGCCUCCAAUGGAAUUUUUGCAGGGCGCCGGGAUCCGCGUCUCUCGAUUCCUGCAACAAAUCCUCUUCAUGAUUGCUCCUUUAUGUCCCCGCUAGCCUCCACCAUACGACGAAUCUCGUUCCUGCUCCAAUUGGGUUCAGUUUGAUUGAAUUACGAGGCAUGGAGGAGUAGAGGUAGGCAUUGUUCGCUGAUAAGUAGCUCUUGAUUGAUAUUUGGGAGAAUAACAAUGUCUACGAGGAGCGAUCGUCAGAUGGUGCCCCUGGCGGUGCUGCUCAGGCGUGAGCUAUGCCAUGAGAAAAUCGAGAAACCAGAUAUCCUACAUGGUCAAGCCAACCAGAGCAAGAAAGGGGAGGAUUUCACAUUAUUGAAGACGGAAUGCCAAAGGGUGCCUGGAGAUGGACUUACAACAUUCUCGGUUUUUGGUCUAUUUGAUGGGCACAAUGGAUCUGCAGCGGCUAUAUACACAAAGGAGAAUCUCCUAAACAAUGUUUUGGCUGCUAUUCCUUCAGAUCUUAGUAGAGAUGACUGGUUAGCAGCAUUACCACGAGCAUUGGUUGCAGGUUUCAUAAAAACUGACAAAGAUUUUCAAGAGAAAGCACAAACGUCUGGAACGACCGUCACUUUUGUGAUAAUAGAUGGAUGGGUCAUUACUGUAGCAUCAGUGGGUGAUUCCCGUUGCAUACUUGAAUCUGCUGAAGGUGUUGUCUAUUCUUUGUCAGCAGAUCAUAGGCUUGAAUGCAAUGAAGAGGAGAGGGAGCGUAUUACUGCUAGUGGGGGUGAGGUUGGUCGGCUUAAUACUGGUGGUGGUACCGAGAUUGGCCCCCUAAGAUGUUGGCCAGGUGGUUUGUGUCUUUCAAGAUCAAUUGGUGACAUGGACGUUGGCGAAUUCAUUGUUCCUAUUCCCUAUGUGAAGCAAGUGAAGCUGUCUACUGCUGGAGGUAGGCUUAUCAUCUCAAGUGAUGGUGUUUGGGAUGCCUUGUCAUCAGAAGUGGCUGUGAAUUGUUGUCGUGGGAUGGCAGUAGAUGCUGCAGCUGAGCAAAUUGUUAAAGAGGCAGUACAAGACAAGGGGCUUCGAGAUGAUACGACCUGUAUUGUGGUUGAUAUAAUACCGCCAGAGAAGACAACUCCUUCUCUUGCACCAAUGACGAAGAAGCCAGGGAGAGGGGUAUUCAAGGCCAUGUUCCGUAGAAGGUCAUCAGAGUCAUCAUCUUAUAUAGACGAAGAAUAUGCAGAGCCAGAUGUUGUGGAGGAAAUAUUUGAGGAAGGUUCUGCUGUGUUGGCAGAAAGGUUUGAUACAGAAUAUCCACUGUGCAACAUGUUCAAGUUAUUCAUGUGUGCAGUUUGCCAGAUAGAGAUGAAACCUGGAGAGGGCAUUUCUGUACAUGCUGGUUCAUCAAAUCCUGGAAAAGGUCGCCCUUGGGAUGGCCCUUUCCUUUGCUUAAGCUGUCAAGCAAAGAAAGAAGCCAUGGAAGGGAAAAGACCAUUAGAUGGUGCUAGAAUUAGUGUUGGAAGUGACUAACAAUCUCCUCAACAGCGCAGUGGAAGUGACUAGCAAUCCUCCUGAACAACAUUGUCAUGAUUUUGCGAUUACCUUGGCACUAACAAUUGUUUCAAAGCUAACCAGGAAUGUGGAUGUUGAAGCCUCAUCCCAAAUACUAAUUUUGUUCAUUCUCAAACCAAGGGAUUUCCACUUCAAGAGCCAUUGGAAGUCUUCUGAUUCAAAACACAAUGUCAAAGUUAAAGCUUCUUUAUUUAUUGAAAAAACUGCAACAUGAUUUGGGGAAUGAUUCAAUGGGCUCGUCUGCUCCCUUCUAAGGACUUGAGUGGUUUUGUUGAAUUCACCAAUGCCUUAGAAGUGUCUAAGAUAACCCACUCAUCAAUUUGCUGGGUUUGCUUCCAUUGUAUAUUAUUCCAUUUUAUACAUUCAUCACGAAGGAAAGCAUUCUCCCUGUAAUAUUGUGACACAAAAGAAUGGGUGAGUAGUUAUACUAAAUUUUUAGUCUCUUUAAGUUAAAUAUAUAAUCUACUUGAACAAUUUUUAUCA